UUACAUGACUCCCGAUUGUUAAAAUGAGUAUCAAAUUAACGAUAAACUUUAACAACAGAGACACACGUACGCACUACACAGGUACGCAGUUUAUUUGUCCCGCUGCUGUUUUUGUUUCACGCUCUAGCAGUUAAUAAACAGAACUGCAUGCGUCUUGCGGAAGAACAUUGUAACCGGCGCUACUUCUCUCCGUUUAUGACUAUGGACGAGUCACUCAGGUCCUGUGCUACUCCACAGCGGCGGCGACCCGCUGGACUAAAAUAGUCCGAAAAUAAACACUUAUUAUAGGUGUACCAUGGUGAUUCAGGAUACUGACUCCAGUACUCACCGAUAUGGUUUCGGAAUCGGAACAACUCUAGGUAAAAGGAAAGAAGUGUGAGACACAGUUUUGGAGCAACUUAGUUGAUUCACAACACUACAAAACGGGUUCUCCCUCUGCGUGUGUUUCGCGCUGGAUGACGGUCGUGCUGAGCGGUGCAGGUACAGAGGAGAAGUAGAAGAAGAGAAGAGGGGGGCACCAUUUGCUAAGGGUGAAAGGUGAUCCCACGGGCUCUCGUUUUGAGACUACGGCGACUGGAGCAUCUGUAGGCUGCACAAAAGUCUGGCAUCUUCUCCUAUAAAGCCAGCAAUUUCCUGUAUCAUAAUUUUUGUCUCCUCCUCCCCCCCCCUUCUUGAAGUGCUAAUGACUGUUUAACAGGAAGUGUAUGUUUUAGCACACAGCACUGUUAAAACAGUCCAUUAAUGUGACAGUAUGGGGUCCAGUGCACUGCCUCUCAUACUCUUGCUGAUGUCCCUCAUCCACUCUAGACUCACUGAAGAAAAGGAUUCUGGAUCCAUUCAGGAAACAGCUUCUGAAAGGACUUCUGAACCCAAUCAACAAACAGAAUCUGGAAAUAUAUCUUCUGAAGAUUUACCCACACCUACACUGACUGUGACACCAAACACAACUGUAUUCACUGGAGAGAGAGUCAGUCUGAAGUGUGAGAUAAACUCUGAUCACAGUGACUGGAGAUAUGAGUGGUAUAAAGGCACAAACAGUGAAAUGUUAAAGGAUCCUCCUUACACUGUAAAUGGAGACACUCUCAGUAUUCAACAAAUUAAAACAUCUGAUCAGGAUCAGUACUGGUGUAAAGGAGAGAGAGAUGGAAAAUCAUCACAAUUAAACUCUGUUUCUCUCUCUGUGAUGGAUUUACCCACACCUACACUGACUGUGACACCAGACGGUCCUGUAUUCACUGGAGAGACAGUCAAUCUGAAGUGUGAAAUAAAGUCUAAUCACAGUAACUGGAGAUAUGAGUGGUAUAAAGACAGUAAAGACAAUAAUGUGAUUUUAGAGAAGCCUGAGCAUCACACUGGAGACACUCUCAGUAUUCAACUAACUGCUACGUCUGAUCAGGGUCAGUACACGUGUAAAGGACUCAUAGAUGGAAGAUCAGUUUCAUCACAAUCAAGCUCUGCUGUUUCUCUCUCUGUGGAGGAUUUACCCACACCUACACUGACUGUGACACCAGACGGUCCUGUAUUCACUGGAGAGACAGUCAAUCUGAAGUGUGAAAUAAAGUCUAAUCACAGUAACUGGAGAUAUGAGUGGUAUAAAGACAAUAAUGUGACGUUAAAGAAGCCUAAGCGUUACACUGUAAAUGGAGACACUCUCAGUAUUCAACGAACUGCUACAUCUGAUCAGGGUCAGUACUGGUGUAAAGGACACAUAAAUGGAAGAUCAGUUUCAUCACAAUCAAGCUCUGCUGUUUCUCUCUCUGUGGAGGAUAAACCGAAGCCAUUUCUGACUGUAAAGCCCCAGAGUUCAGUGUUCACUGGAGACACAGUUACUCUCAGCUGUGACGUGGGACAGUCAACUGGAUGGACGUUUCUCUGGAGGAAAGACGCAAAGUCUGAAUCCACUGAUGAAGCAACUAAAACAAUCAGUUCUGUGAGAGUCUCUGAUGGAGGAACAUACCAGUGCAGAGCAGAGAGAGGAAAAUACUACACAGAGAUCAGUGAUACAAUUAAGAUAACAGUAAGCAAGAGACCCAAACCUGUAGUGCGUGUUCAGCCUGAUGUUCGUGUGUUCAGAGGAGAGACGGUCACUCUCACAUGUGACAUACAGGAGGCAGGAGACUGGCGGUACAUCUGGUAUAAAGAUCAUUACAGCAGAGGACAAGACCAGAUCUAUUACAGCGCAGGACAAGACCAGAUCUAUAAAAUCACAUCUGUGGAUCGGUCUCAUGCUGGUGUGUACAGCUGUGGAGGAAACCAGACUAAAGCCCCACAGUACUCAGAGUUCAGUGAUGGAGUUACACUGACAGUAUCAGAUUUACCCACAUCUACACUGACUGUGACUCCAGACAGAUCUGUAUUCACUGGAGAGAGAGUCAAUCUGAAGUGUGAGAUAAACUCUGACCACAGUAACUGGAGAUAUGAGUGGAAUAAAGGCAGUUCAAUGUUACAGAGGUCUGAGCGUUACACUGUAAACAGAGACACUCUCAGUAUUGUUGAAGCUGUUAAGUCUGAUGAGGAUUGGUACACGUGUGAAGGACACAUAGAUGGAAGAUCAGUUUCAUCACGAUCAAGCUCUGUUUCUCUCUCUGUGAAGGAUAAACCGAAGCCAAUUCUGACUGUAAGUCCCCAGAGUUCAGUGUUCACUGGAGACACAGUUACUCUCAGCUGUGACGUGGGACAGUCAACUGGAUGGACGUUUCUCUGGAGGAAAGACUCAAACCCUGAAUCCACUGAUCAUUCAACUAAAACAAUCAGUUCUGUGAGAGUCUCUGAUGGAGGAACAUACCAGUGCAGAGCAGAGAGAGGAAAAUACUACACAGAGCUCAGUGAUAAAAUUAAGAUAACAGUGAGAGAGAGACCCAAACCUGUAGUGCGUGUUCAGCCUGAUGUUCGUGUGUUCAGAGGAGAGACGGUCACUCUCACAUGUGACAUACAGGAGGCAGGAGUCUGGCGGUACAACUGGUAUAAAGAUCAUUACAGCAGAGGGCAAGACAAGAACUAUAAAAUCACAUAUGUGGAUCAGUCUCAUGCUGGUGUGUACAGCUGUAGAGGAACCCAGACUGAAGCCCCACAGUACUCAGAGAUCAGUGAUGGAGUUACACUGACAGUAUCAGAUUCACCCACACCUACACUGACUGUGACACCAGACAGAUCUGUGUUCACUGGAGAGACAGUCAAUCUGAAGUGUGAGAUAAACUCUGAUCACACUGACUGGAGAUAUGAGUGGAAUAAAUACAGUUCAAUAUUACAGACAUCUGAGCGUUACACUGUAAACAGAGACACUCUCAGUAUUGUUGGAGCUGAUAAGUCUGAUGAGGAUUGGUACACGUGUGAAGGACACAUAGAUGGAAGAUCAGUUUCAUCACGAUCAAGCUCUUAUGUUUCUUUCUCUGUGUCUGUGAAGGAUUCACCCACUUCUACACUGACUGUGACACCAGACAGAUCUGUAUUCACUGGAGAGACAGUCAAUCUGACGUGUGAGAUAGAGACUUACAGUAACUGGAGGCAGAGAAAUUAUCUGACACAUGACUGGAGAUAUUACAAUACACAUGAGUGGAGAUAUGAGUGGAGAUAUGAGUGGUAUAAAGGCAGCAGAUACAGUGUGUUACAGACGUCUGAGCGUUACACUGUAAAUGGAGACACUCUCACUAUCAGAGGAGCUACUGAGUCUGAUCAGGGUCAGUACUGGUGUAGAGGACAGACAGAUGGAAGACCAAACUCAUCACAAUCAAGCUCUGUUUCUCUCUCUGUGAAGGGUCUAAAGCCAAAGCCUGAACUCACAUCAGAUCCUGCAGGAGCUGCACUGACAGGAAACACAGUGACUUUGACCUGUCGCAUGGAUCCGUCCACUGGAUACUGGGACUUUUACUGGUACAAACACACACUGAACCCUGAGACAGAGAAGAGAGAAACAAACUCCUACAGACUGAAGAUUGAUUCAGUGUCUGAUGGAGGCCAGUACUGGUGUAGAGCUGGAAGAGGGAAACCAGUCUACUACACAAACUACAGUGAUGCACUGUGGGUCAAUGUUACAGAGAGUCCUAAAGCUGUGCUGACGGUACGACCUGAUGAACGAGUGUUCAGAGGAGAAACAGUCACUCUCAGAUGUGAAAUAAAGUUGGGAGGAGACACUGAGUGGACAUACAGAUGGGAAAUAAAUGGAACCAACAACUUCAAUAAAAACUCUGCCAAUCGAUGUACAAAACAAGAGUGCUUCACCAGUGGAGUCAAUGAACAGAAACACAGAGAAGCUGUCAGUCUGUGCUCAACACAAGAGUUGAACAUCAGCAGUGUUGAUCACAUUCACAGUGGUAAAUACACCUGUACAGGACUGAUGAACACUCAAAGCUGUCAGCGCAGUGAUGCUGUUACACUGACUGUAUCAGAUGAAGCUCAGGCAGCAGUGCGAGUGUCUCCACAGCCGUGGCUGACUGAAGGAGAAUCAGUGACUCUGAUCUGUGAGGUUUCAGGCUCCUCUACAGGCUGGACGUUCAGCUGGUUCAGAGAUCAUGAUCAUCUGUCAGACAGCAGCAGAGGAGCUGGAGGAUCUUACACUCUCAGUCCUGCUGCUCUACAGCACACAGGAGUUUAUACGUGCAGAGCAGAGAGAGGACGACCAGCCUAUUACACACGACACAGCAGCACACAGACACUGUGGGUCACUGGUAUUACUUCUUCAGUGUCUCUGGUCAUCAAUCCCAGCAGAAGUCAACACUUCUCAUCUCACUCUCUCUCUCUGAGCUGUGAGGAUCAGAGUAACUCUGCUGGAUGGACAGUGAGAAGAUACACAGACAAAGACACAAAAAAUUGUUCAAGACAAACAGGAUCUGCAUGUGUAAUCGAGUCUCUCAGCACAUCUGACACUGGAGUGUACUGGUGUCAGUCUGAAUCUGGAGAGAAACGUCAUCCUCGAAACAUCACUGUACAUGAUGGUGAAGUGAUUCUGGUGAGUUCUGUUGAUCCUGUGAUUGAGGGAAAGACUCUGACUCUACACUGUUUACAUCGAUCUACAAACUCCCCGAUCCUCAGCGCUGAUUUCUAUAAAGACGGAUCACUGGUCCAGAAUCAGACGACAGGAGAGAUGAGCAUCACUACUGUCUCAAAGUCACAUGAGGGUUUCUACUACUGUAAAACAGAGAGAGGACAGUCACUCCACAGCUGGAUCUCAGUCAGAGCUCCUCAAUCAUCUUCUCUUCUGGUCAUUGGUGUUUCUGUAGGAUUGAGUUUUUUCUUGUUGUUCCUCAUCUCACUGGUUCUGCUGUGGAGACACAAAAACAACAAAGAUCAUCACCGUAACACUCAACACACAUCAGUCCCAACUCGAUCUGGAGAAUCUCAUAUGGAAAACUCUCCUCUGCAGCCUGGUUCUGAUCACAUUUAUGAUGACGUGACUGCAGUGAAUAAGAGAGAUAAAGCAGGUUCUGAUCACAUUUAUAAUAAUGCGACUCCACUGAAUAAGAGAGACAAAGAGCCACUGGAAGACGUCACAUAUUCAGAGGUCACUGUUAAGAAAAACAUACCUGUGGAUAAAGAUGAUACCACAGCAGAUCCAAAUAAUGUGAUGUACUCAGAAGUCGGAACAAAAGUAAAGAAAUUCAAAAGCAAAGAUAUUAAUACUGCAGGACCCAGUGAUUUGACUUACGCACAGAUCAAUAUACAGGACAAAAAGAAAAGCAAAGGCAAAGGCGCUGGACUUGGUGAUGUUUUGAUUGAAAUGAAAUCUAAGGAGAAAUACAAAGGAAAGAGCAGCGAGUCUGGAGACACUUUAUACUCUGAAUUGAACCACAACACAGAUAGAGGUGCUGAUGCUGAAGUCAGUGAUGCAACUUAUGCUCAAGUUUUAAAGAAGAAAGGUCACAAAAACAAAUAAAAUGUCCCAGAGAUCAGGGAAGAGAACAGAUGCCAGAAGAGAAACACCAGCAGAAGAAAUGAUUUCAUUCAAGUACAGGUGCUGGUCAUAUAAUUAGAAUAUCGUGAAAAAGUUCAUUUUUUUAUUGUAAAUUAUUUUAAAAAAUGAAACUUUCAUAUAUUCUAGAUUCCCUACAUGUAAAGUAAAACAUUUCAAAAGUUUUUUUUUGUAAAUUUGUUGAUUAGAGCGUACAGCUAAUGAAAGUCCAAAAUCCAGUAUCUCAAAAUAUUAGAAUAUUUACAUUUGAGUUUCAUUAAAUGACCAUCCCUACAGUAUAAAAUCCGGGUAUCUUUUGUUUUUUGAAACCACACUAAUGGGGAAGACUGCUGACUUGGCAAUGGUCCAGGAGACAAUCAUUGACACCCUCCACAAAGAGAGUAAGUCACAGAAGGUCAUUACUGAAUGGGGUGGCUGUUUACAGAGUGAAAUAUCAAAGCAUAUUAAAUGCAAAGUUGACUGGAAGGAAGAAAUUGGGUAGGCAAAGGUGCACAAGCAACAGGGAUGACCGCAAGCUUGACAAUACUGUCAAGUAAAGCCGAUUCAAACACUUGGGAGAGCUUCACAAUGAGUAGAAUGAAGCCGGAGUCAGCGCAUCAAGAGUCACCACACUCAGACAUCUUCAGGAAAAGGACUACCAAGCCACUUCUGAACCAGAGACAAUGUCAGAAGCAUCUUACCUGGGCUAAGGAGAAAAAGAACUGGACAGUGAACAGUGGUCGAAAGUCCUCUUUUCAGAUAAAAGUAAAUUUUGCAUUUCAUGUUGAAAUCAUGGUCCCAGAGUCUGAAGGAAGACUGGAGAGGCACAGAAUCCAAGCUGCUUGAAGUCUAGUGUGAAGUUUCUGAAGUCAGUAAUGAUUUGGGGGGGCCGUGACGUCUGCUGGUGUUGGUCCAUUGUGUUUUAUCAAGUGCAAAGUCAAUGCAGCCAUCUUCCAGGAGAUUUUGAAGCACUUUAUGCUUCCAUCUGCUGACAAGCUUUAUGGAGAUGCUGAUUUCCUUUUCCAGCAGGACUUUAGCACCUGCCCACAGUGCAAAAACCACUUCCAAGUGGUUUGCUGACCAUGAUAUUACUGUGCUUUAUUGGCCAGCCAAUAUGCCUGACCUGAAUCUAUGGGAUAUUUUCAAGAGAAAGAUGAGAAACAGUCGAUCCAACAAUAUACAGAUGAUCUGAAGGCUCAAUAGUGCCUCAGCAGUGCCACAGGCUGAUCACUUCCAUGCCACACUUCACUGAUGCAGUAAUUUGUGCUAGGAGCAAGUCAUUUGCUGUAAUAUGUCCUGCCGAUCAAGUAUUGAGUGCACAAAAGAACAUACUUUAAAGAACUUGAACUUUUCUGUUUUGCAAAUCCAUUUUUUGAUUGAUUUUAGGAAAUAUUCUAAUAUUUUGAAAUACUGGAUUUUGGACUUUCAUGAGCUGUACGCUCUAAUCAUCAAAAUUUAAAAAAAAAACUUUUGAAAUGUUUUACUUUACAUGUAGGGAAUCUAGAAUAUAUGAAAGUUUCAUUUUUAAAAAUAAUUUAUAAUAAAAAAAUGAACUUUUUGAUGAUAUUCUAAUUAUAUGACCAGCACCUGUACAUGCUUGAAUGAAAGAGAAUUGCACUGUAUACUGUAUUAUCUGUAAAAAAAAAAAAAAAAAAAAAAAACCUUAUGUAAGCAAAUAUAUCCAUGUAUAAUAUAUAGUAAAACAUUUUCUAGUGAGCAUUCAUGUUUAAUAUGUUACCUGUCUUAUCAAAUAUAGCCUGUGUUUUUGCAAAGAUUUUUCUUAUAGCAUAUACUGUUAUCUAAUUUUCAUUUUUUUUCAUACAUGUUUUUGCUGCAGUUAAUGAAGUGGGAGAUUUCUAUUUGAUAAAUAAAGACAUUUAAACAUUUUUAAUAAAGACAUUAAAUGAUU